AGGGCUCCCAAUAAAAAAGCUGCAUCGCCCUCCCCCAACUCAGAUCUCGAUUUGAAAUGGACGAUCAACCCUCGAACUCCACGAAGCCCUCUUCUUCCAUGUCGUCGCCGGUGAGGGUGGUGCUGCGGGUGCGCCCGUUCCUCCGAUGGGAGAUCGAUUCCAACGGCGAUGAUCGAUCGAUCCCCUGCGUCGCCCUACUCGACCGGGAUUGCGGCGCCGGCGAGGAAGUCGCUGUCCAGCUUAAAGAUCAGUGGAGCAGCCGGAGCGAAUGCUACAAGUUGGACUCUUUCUUCGGGCAAAGCGACCGCAUCGGCCAGAUCUUCGACCGUGAGGUCGGUGCGGUGAUUCCUGGCGUCUUCCGAGGGCUCAACGCAACCGUCUUUGCCUACGGAGCCACCGGGAGCGGGAAGACCUACACGAUGCAGGGCGUAAAGGGCGAGCCUGGAAUGAUCCCGCUGUCAAUGUCGACCAUCUUUUCCAUGUGCAGCAAACUGGGCAACUUCUCUGUGGAGGUUGCAUACUACGAGAUCUACAUGGACCGGUGCUACGAUUUGCUGGAGCCUAAGGCGAAGGAGAUCGUCGCUAUGGAUGAUAAGGACGGGAGGGUCCAGCUGAAAGGAUUAUCCUGGGUACCGAUACACUCGAUGAACGAGUUCCGUGAGGUGUUCGAAACUGGCGUUGACAGACGAAAAGUUGGGCCGACAGGCCUCAACGAUGUCUCGAGCAGGAGCCAUGCAGUUCUUGCGAUUGCUGUCACAGAUGGUGUUUCUAAAGGGAAGCUAAACCUCAUCGACUUAGCAGGUAAUGAAGACAACAGGAGAAGUUGCAAUGAUGGUAUUCGCCUUCAAGAGAGCGUGAAGAUUAAUCAGUCGUUGUUUGCACUAUCAAAUGUCAUUUAUGCCCUAAACAACAACGAAACACGAAUUCCAUAUCGAGAGAGCAAAUUGACUCGAAUAUUACAGGACUCACUGGGAGGGACAAGUCUCGCGUUGAUGAUAGCAUGCCUUAAUCCCGUAUCGUACCAAGAGGCUGUACACACAGUCAGUUUGGCUGCUCGCAGUCGAAAAGUUAUGAACUAUGCAAGUCUAGAUUGCAAGGAGACUCCAAAGGUGAAAAUUGAUAUGGAAGCUAAGCUUCAAGCUUGGUUGAAUUCAAAAGGGAAGAACAAAAGUGCUCAGAGAAUACUAGGACCUUUUUCACCAUUAUCAUCAGCUAAUCGUUCAAAAAAACAAGAAUCAAACUGCUCUUCUUCAAAAAGAAAAGCUCCAGAAUGCAAGGGAAGUGGAGUGCUAUUUAAUUCUGUGGCCCCAAUUUCAGCAAACGUUAAGCUAGAAACCUCUGGGGCACACUUGAUCACAAGAAAUGGCAGCAUUACCAUUGAGCAAACCGAGGUUUUGCCUGGCUGUGAUAAUAUUGUUUCUAUCCGUGAUAAUGAUGAGACAAGUGCGACCCAAAUUACCUUACCCAAGACCUCUAACUCGAUUGGCUCAUCGUUUAACAAGGAGAACUUACCUUUUACUCCUCUGGAUACUCUGGGAUCACCAGCUGCUGACAAGGAAUUACAUGAUCCCUCAAGAAAAGCCCUCUCGCCUUUGCCUUCCAAUACAACUUCAAUUACCAAGUUGUCAUCUGAUGACUGCAUCUCUUCUAUUUUUUUGGAGCCAAAAACACCAAAAUUUAAUUAUUUAAAGGAUGAGUUUCAAAAUGAAACUCCAUUCAAAAAAUUCAAAGCAUCAAGUUCAAGUUUAAAGGAAAGUCUGAUUGAGGAGUAUUUACAAUUCUUGAACAAUGCCAGCAAAGAGGAGCUAAUGCAAUUAAAGGGUAUUGGUGAAAAACGAGCAGAGUACAUACUUGAACUUAGAGAAGAAAUGCCCAACCCAUUGAAAUCAUUGUCUGAUUUAGAGAACAUAGGCCUGUCUUCGAAGCAGGUGCUUGACAUGUUCAAGAGGGCUGCGACAGGAAUUUUAUAUUGAAAGGCUCGUCACAGAUGUUGGAUCAUGGCAUAAAGUAGGAUAAGCGUUAGAACUACUUAGUUUCGCUAGAUUUUAGGGCCUUGCGACACCAGUUUAUUGGAAGUAUUAAAAUUUAACCAGCUGAAUUUAUGGCAACAUCAGAGUUGCUGCUCGAGUGAGACGCAGGUCAUUCAUCCUUCGUGCAAUGAAUGCAUGCUCGUUUUCGAAUAGUCUAGCUUGUAAGGCUUUUGACAAGACCAGCUGUUCUUGUUGUGUAAUAGCUAACUGAUACCAAAUAGCUAUGUCCUAUUUAACCCUUAUUUUUAAUUUUUAAUCGAUGACGGUGUGAUGUAUUAUUAUA